AUGCCUACUAAUGCUAGGGCGAAAAAACUGAACAUAUUUCUUAAGAAUCAGUUUACCAGAAUUCCAUGGCUGGAUAUAAAGACCAAUACAGAAUUCAAAAAUGAGGUAAAUAGAAAUUUGAAGAAUGAUGGUUACACCAAUGAUGCCAUGGCAUUCAAGAGUGUAAUAACAUGGUCAUUGGGGAGGUACACUGAUUACAGAAAUCAGUUGAGAAGAAAGAUAAUAACUGAAUUAAAGAAGGAAGAUUUGGCCGUUGUGCCCAUAGAAGAAUUUGCCCAGUCUAUAAUAGGUGGUUAUUGUAGUUCUGGGGUUGAUGACAGUUCUCCAGAGAGGACACAGUUGUGCCUGCUACUUGUAAGUUUAGCAAUAACAGAAAUUACUUUACAGUGA